AUGCCUCGCCGUCCCUAUGUGAAGGAACGACUGGAUGCUGAGUUGAAGUUGGUUGGAGAGUAUGGGCUGAGGUGCAAGAGGGAGCUUUGGAGGGUUCAAUAUGCUUUGAGCCGCAUCAGAAAUGCUGCAAGAAACCUUCUUACUUUGGAUGAGAAGGACCCGCGUCGUAUUUUUGAGGGUGAAGCCCUUCUGCGGAGGAUGAACAGAUAUGGACUGCUGGAUGAGAGCCAAAACAAGCUUGAUUAUGUCUUAGCCCUCACGGUGGAGAACUUCCUUGAACGCCGCCUCCAAACACUUGUGUUUAAGGCAGGUAUGGCCAAGUCAAUUCACCAUGCCAGAGUGCUCAUCAGGCAAAGGCAUAUCAGGGUUGGGCGACAAGUUGUCAAUGUACCAUCUUUCAUGGUAAGAGUAGAUUCCCAGAAACACAUUGAUUUCUCUCUUACAAGUCCUUUCGGUGGUGGUCGUCCCGGUAGAGUGAAGAGAAAGAACCAGAAGGCUGCUGCAAAGAAGGCUUCUGGUGGUGAUGGGGAUGAGGAGGAUGAAGAGUAA